AUGGUUCGAGCUUUUCAUCAUCACAGCGGCAUGCAGAAGUCCAAAUCUUUUCAUAUCAGGAGGAUGUUUGAGAAUUCAGGGAAACAUGGUCAUGAUGAACCAGGUGAAACUAAUAGGUUGUACUCAAAAAGCUUGGAGUCUAGGAGCUCAUUCGAUCACACAUUCGAAAUUCACGCCCAAAAUAGCGAUCAUAGUCCAGCAGCAAGCUUGGGAGUUGAACCACCUAGAAUUCCUCCCAAGAGACCAGCUGAUAGUGACUUGAUGAAGGAAAGGUUUGCUAAGUUGCUUUUAGGAGAAGACAUGUCAGGUGCAGGGAAUGGUGUUUCUUCGGCAUUGGCUCUAUCAAAUGCCAUAACAAAUCUGGCUGCAUCUGUUUUUGGAGAACAGUCAAAGUUGGAGCCAAUGUCCUCAGAAAGAAAGGCCAGGUGGAGAAAAGAAAUUGACUGGCUUCUAUCUGUAACUGAUCAUAUUGUUGAAUUUGCUCCAUCACAACAAAUAGCUAAGGAUGGAUCAAUCAUGGAGAUCAUGACUACCCGGCAACGAACUGAUCUUCACAUGAACAUCCCCGCCUUGCGCAAGCUUGAUGCAAUGCUCAUUGACACCUUAGACAACUUUAAAGAUCAAAAUGAGUUCUGGUAUGUCUCUAAAAAUGAUGAGGAUCCUGAGGCUAACUCUAACAACCAAAGGAAGAGUGACAAAUGGUGGCUACCAACAGUUAAAGUUCCCCCAACAGGGCUGUCUGAAAAGGCCGGAAAAUUUAUACAGUUACAGAAGGACAAUGUCAACCAAGUGCUUAAAGCAGCCAUGGCAAUAAAUGCUCUAAUACUAUCAGAAAUGGCGAUCCCUGAAAACUAUAUUGAAUCUCUCCCAAAGAAUGGUAGAGAAAGCCUUGGUGAAGCAAUCUAUAAGAGCAUUACAGUGGAACACUUUGAUCCUGGACAAUUUCUCUCAACAGUGGACAUGUCCACAGAACAUAAGGUGCUUGACAUCAAGAAUAGGAUGGAAGCUUCCAUUGUGAUAUGGAGAAGGAAGAUGAUCAACAAGGAUAGUAAGUCUUCCUGGAGUUCAGGAGUUAGCAUUGAGAAGAGGGAACUCUUCGAGGAGAGAGCUGAGACAAUAUUGGUGAUGCUCAAACAUCAGUUCCCAGGACUUCCACAAUCUUCACUUGACAUUAGCAAAAUACAAUACAACAAGGAUGUGGGACAAGCCAUCCUAGAGAGCUACUCAAGAGUAAUAGAAAGUCUGGCUUUCACAGUUAUGUCAAGGAUUGAGGAUGUAUUGUACGCUGAUUCAAUGACAAAGAACCCUUCAUCUGUAGUGAGUAGCGGAACCCUCUCGUUGGAUUCUUUACCAAAUUCAGGAAAGACUUCUCCAAGCUCUAGGGAUGAGAAUAACAACUUCAAUUCUUCGGAGACACAACCUUCAAUGACUCUUUCAGAUUUCAUGGGUUGGACAUCAAUGAGGGAGGAUAGUGACGUAAAGAAGACUGACUCCACUGAAGAUUCAGAAGAGGACGAGGACGAAAAAGAUUAA